CGAUAAACGUAUAAAAUAAAACAUAGCCAAAUCAAACUUGUAUUACUGUUUUAAAAGUAAACUGUUUAAUACAAAAUGUUCAAAUAUUUCUUACUUUUUGUGAUUGCUGUGGCUUUGGCUGCCGACACAUAUUUGUCUGACGACGAAGAGUUUGAAAAAUUCAAGGCAAACUUCAACCGAAAUUAUGCUACUCCUAAUGAAGAACAGCGCCGUAAAGGAAUUUUCGUUAAUACUUUAAAUAAAAUCAAAGAGCACAACGCCAAAUUCGAAAAAGGAGAAAUUUCUUAUUCAUUAGGCAUAAAUCAGUUCGCUGAUCUUACCCACGAGGAAUUUCAAAGCAGAUACACGAUGAAAAACUGGGUAGAGCAACGGGGAAAACUUGCCCAGAAAACUGCUACCCACAAUUAAUGUACACAAUGAUCAAAACAAAAAGUACAGUUUAUAGGUAAAUAGAUGGAGUGAUGGAUGUGAUACAAAUAAUUAACUAUUAAUUAAUUUAGAGUUAUUAUAACGGUUGUUUCAAUCAAUAAAUUUUUACACAAAAAUAA